AUGGAGGACGAAGAAGUCAUAAAUAGAAAUAUAAAUCUCACAGGCUGUGGAGCUAGUUGGGCAUGUGAUCCAAGAAGACGUCCUCAUCGCUAUAUUGUAUUGUUCUUCAUUUGUUUCCUUUCUUUUGGAAGCUAUUUUUGCUAUGAUAAUCCUUCAGCACUUCAAGAUGUCUUCAUAAACUCUUUAGACAUGACAAAGGUUGAAUUUAUGAAUUUGUACGCAUUUUACUCAUGGCCAAAUGUAAUUCUAAGUUUUGUAGGUGGUUUUCUUAUCGAUAGAGUAUUUGGUAUCCCAUGGGGAAGCAUUAUUUUUUCAAUGUUUGUACUUAUUGGGCAAAUAAUAUUCGGUAUAGGAGCUUAUUUUAAAAAUAUUCCUGCAAUGUAUUUUUCCCGAUUGAUAUUUGGAAUCGGUGGUGAAUCACUCGCUGUAGCACAGAAUACUUAUUCAACUGAAUGGUUUCCACCGAAUGAGUUAAAUCUAGUAUUUGGACUUCAACUUAGCAUGUCACGUAUUGGAUCGACAGUAAACAUGGUAACAAUGCAACCACUGAAUCGAGCUGUUGGCAAACACUUCAAUAUACACGCUAAUAAACAAUUGGGUGCAUCUUUAUUGACUGCUUCUGUUACGUGCUUAUUUUCUACUAUCUGUGCUGUAAUUAUGUUGUUUUUUACAAAAAGAGCUAAACGCAUUCUGUCAUCUUGUGGAAAACCGCAUUCACUGAAUACCCAGCCUAUGGAAUCCAAUACACUUGAAAUAUCUAAUCAUGAAGAAGAACAAUUACUCACGAAGAAAAUAGAAGAUCAAAACAAAAAGAUCUCUCCUAUGGAUGUUAUUCAUUUUCCAGGCGCUAUUUGGCUUAUUUGUAUCAUUUGUGUGACAUAUUAUGUAACAGUAUUUCCAUUUGUUAGUUUAGGACUAGUAUUUUUUGAAAGGAAAUUUGGUUUAUCUGUUCAAGAUGCUAGUGUUGUUAACAGUCUUAUCUACAUUAUAUCCGCUGUGGCAAGUCCUGUAUUUGGAGCAGCAAUUGAUAUUAUCGGAUAUAAUUUAUAUUGGUUAUUCAGUGGAAUAUUAAUUACAUUGGGCUGUCAUUUAUGCUUUGCUUUUACUAGUGGUCAAAUUCCCCCACUAGCUAUCAUGAUUGUGAUGGGUUUGUCUUAUUCUGUUCUGGCUAGUAGUUUAUGGCCAAUAGUUGCUUUUGUAUUGCCAUUGCAUCAAAGAGCCACAGCUUAUGGUUUAAUUUCGUCAAUUCAAAAUUUAGGACUUGGAUUAAUUUCCAUAUUUGCUGGAUAUUUAGUUGAUACAAAAGGUUAUUUGUUCCUUGAAGUGUUUUUCGUAUUCUGUCUCAGUAUCGCUAUCACUGCUACAUUUGGUCUACUUAUAUGGGAUCAUCGUUUUGGUACAGGAUUACUAAAUGAAUCUGGUGUAAAUAGACGAUCGAAAAAUCUUGUCAGCAAAAUUGAUGAUGGAACUGUAAGCCGUACAUCAUUGGAGCCAGUUAUUACUUGA